AUGAAUAAAAUUUCCAAAUCAGCUACCAUGGCCAGUCAAUUUAUGAAAUAUUCUUCGAGGAGGUCGACUGUUUACUCAAGUAAAGGAAUCGUUGCAUCAACUCAACCAUUAGCAAACCAUGCUGGUGUAUCAAUUUUGGAAAAAGGUGGAAAUUGUGUUGAUGCUGCAAUUGCAGUAUCUGCCGCAUUGACAAUAACUGAACCAGGAUCAACAGGUAUUGGAGGUGAUUGUUUUGUUUUAUACUACAAAUUGCAAGAUAAGUCAGACCCCAAAAGUGGUCAAGUUUUAGGGUUGAACGGUUCUGGAAGAGCAGCACAAAACGUAACCCCACAAGAUGUUUGGAAUGAACACAAUAAUGGAAAACCAAUGAAUAGAAUCCCAUAUGACUCAGUAUUUUCUGUUACUGUUCCUGGUGCAAUUGCCGCGUGGUAUGAUGCCUAUGAGAAAUGGGGAUCUGGAAAUGUCAGCUUUGAAGAAAUUUUACAACCUGCGAUUAAACUAGCAGAGGAAGGUUUUCCUGUUUCUGAAAUCGCAAGCCAUAUGUGGAGAGGAUGUACUAAAAAGUUGAUCAGACAAAAUGUUGACGUCAAGGAGAAUCCAUAUGUUAUAAAUGGCGAAAGAGGUCCUAACGAAGGAGAAUUUGUGAAAAACAUACCCAUUUCUAAUUGUUUAAAAUUAAUUGGUAAAAAGGGAAAGAAUGCAUUUUAUGAAGGACCAAUUGCUGAAGCCAUUUUGAAGACAACAAAUUCUAGAAAUCACAAGUUUACAUUGGAUGAUUUUAAGAAUCAUACAUCGACUGUUGUUGAUCCAAUAAAACUCAAUUUUCAGAAUUACAAUGUUUGGGAAAUUCCACCAAAUGGACAUGGUUUAGUAGCAUUGCUUGCCUUGGGAAUAAUUCAAGAACUACACAGCCUGGGGAAAAUCAACUUGUAUGAAUUGAAACAUAAUUCUGCAGAAUAUUUACAUAUUCUAAUUGAAGCAUGUAAACUUGGGUUUUAUGAUUCUGAUGAAUAUGUAACUGAUCCCAAAUUUAAAGAUAUUCCCAUAGAUGGAUUGCUCAGUUCCAAAUAUUUGAAAUCUAGAUCUGAACUUAUAGAUAAGUCGAAAAUCAUUGAUAGUGAUACAAUGUCACACGGUGUUCCAGAUCCCAAGUUUAAAUCCGAUACUGUGUAUCUAACUGUUAGUGAUUCAAAUGGGGAAGUGUGCUCAUUUAUCAAUUCGGUAUAUGAAGGAUUUGGUUCAGGAAUUUUAGUUGAAGAUUAUGGGUUCUGUCUCCAAAGUAGAGGAUGUAAUUUCAAUUUAACACCAGGUCGUUCCAAUUGUUUGGAAGGAGGGAAAAGACCAUAUCAUACAAUCAUCCCCGGUAUGAUUACUAAUCCUGAUGGUUCACUUUAUGCGGGAUUUGGUAACAUGGGCGGUUUUGCUCAACCAGUUUGUCACGUACAACAUGUAUUAAACAUGACGGUUUUUGGUAUGACACCACAAGAACUGAUUGAUGCACCACGCUUUGUAUUGAAUUCCGAUGAUGAUAAUUCGACUGAUAGAGGUCGUGGUGCCGAGGGACCUGUUCAUACACCAAUCACAAUUGUACAACUUGAAGAAGGAAUUGAUCCGGAAGUGGUUGAGUCAUUGAAACAGAUUGGACAUACUGUUAAAGUACUUCAUGGAUAUGCAAGAGGUACAUUUGGUAGAGCACAGAUCAUAAAAAACGUUUCUCAAAACGGUCAAUUGAUCUAUGCUGCUGGUAGCGAUCCUCGUGGCGAUGGUGCCGCAACUGCUUUAUAUUAG